ACCCCAUUUGAUCGUUUUACCAGAAGCUCCUCAACCCGACUCGUCAGUUUCUCGAUCAUAUCAGAGUUGUCGCUUGUCUCAUCCGAUUGGCACGUCCAUCACUCGAGAUAUACACUCAAGGCACACAACACAAACGACUACACGCCUGAAGUGUGACACAACAACUGUCAACAUAUCAACUUGUACACAAACAUCAGGGAAUAUCAAAACAAGCAAUCGGAAGAAAGGACACACUCAUCCUCACCCACCGGCAUAAUGGCCUCCUCCUUCAUCAUCAAGGAGCACAAAGUCGAGGGUCAACACAUCCGUGAUUAUGCCCAUGCUACCGCCAACUCCCAAGAAGAGAUCCUGUAUCUCUCCGUAAAGCAAUACAUCCCCAAGAGCAACCCCAAUCCUCAACCAGGCGACCUGACCAUCAUCGGUGCUCACGCCAAUGGCUUCGUCAAGGAACUCUACGAGCCCCUCUGGGAAGACCUCGCCAAAGCCCUCUCCGCCCGGGGCAUCAGAAUCCGCUCCAUCUUCAUCGCCGACGCCGCCUGGCAAGGCCAAUCGGGUCUGAUCAACGAGUCCAGUCUGGGCAACGACCCAUCCUGGUACGACCACGCGCGCGACCUCCUCUGCGUCGUCAACGCCCUUCGGCGCGAGAUGCCGCGCCCUUUAGUCGGAAUCGGCCACUCCUUCGGCGGCAACACCAUCGUCUCUUUGUCGCUUUUGCACCCGCGCCUCUUCUCCUCGCUCGUCCUGCUCGACCCGGUCAUCUCCAAAUUCACCAAGCGCGGUCCCGCCUACGGCUUCAUGCCUAUGAAGCAAUCAGCCUAUAGGCGGGAUGUCUGGCCUUCGCGAAAGGCGGCGGCGGAGGGGUUCAGGAAGAAUCAGUUCUACCAGACUUGGGACCCGAGAUGUCUGGAGGUGUUGAUUGACCAUGGCUUGCGCCGGGUUUCUCCAGAAAAGGAGGAAGUGACGCUCGUGACGUCCAAACACCAGGAGUGCUUCACUUACUACCGCCCUAAGAAACAAGACCAGCCGGUGCCGGACUUGCCCCCGGAUCACGCUGUUGACUCUAACUUCCAAUUUUACCGAGCCGAGGGCAUUAUGACUACUUACUUCCUGCCGCACCUCCGGCCCGGCGUGCUCUGGGUGUUUGGUUCCACGUCCGAUGUCUGUCCUCCGGAGACGCGCGAGGAGAAGCUAGAGCUUACGGGUACGGGCUGGAACGGUAGUGGCGGAGCGAAGGCGGGGAGGGUGGAGGUGCGGACGGUUGAGGGCUAUGGGCAUUUGGUGCCGAUGGAGGCGACGACUAGGUGUGCCGAGGAGGCGGCGGAGUUCAUUGCUAAGGAUUUGGAGAAGGUGUGGAGGAAGGAGGAUGAGGAGUUUAGAAAGGUGUGGAAGGGAAGGGAGGGGACGGAGAAGAGGGUGCUUAGUAAGGAGUUUUUGGAGUUGAUGGGACCGCCGCCGGGGAGGAAGAAGACAGGGAAGGAGGAGGCGAAGUUGUGAGUUGUUAGUUAGAGUCGAGGGUGCCUCCUUUUGAGCGUCAGUGGUUGUCUCGUUGGACUGGGCCUUUGUCAGUCAUCAUGAUUUCAUGCAAGAUUUUUUGCCAGCUUUUUGUCUAAUCCAGAAUAUUAAACGCUGUUCCUCCCUUGCCCAAGAUUUUCUAGUAUGGUG